AUGAAGCAUGGUAAAAAAAAUUAUGAACUUUUAUAUGCCGAAUGCUCACGUUCGACUUGUACAACACGAAAGGAAAAGAAUGAUGGAGUAAAGUUGUGGCAUGAAACUAAUGAUGGUAUGUAUUGGACUCAUAAGAGUUGUAAGUCUGAUAAGGAUGAAUUCGGUAUUAUUGGUAUACAAGUGGCGGGAAAGAAAUUAUGUCUAAGUAUUCUUAUUAGAGAUAUGAGUGAAAUACAUCAUUAUUACCAUUUCCAUGAAUCAGAAAUACCAAUUCAACAAUUGUCUCCUUCUGUUGUUACAAAAUUUGUAGAGACCUUGCUAAUAUUAUGA